AGAUGGGAAAUUCCUACGCCGGGCAGCUGAAGACGACUCGGUUCGAGGAGGUUCUGCACAACUCCAUCGAGGCCUCCCUGCGCUCCAAUAACCCGGUGCCCCGGCCCAUCUUCUCCCAGCUCUACCUGGAGGCCGAGCAGAAGCUGAGCUCCCUGGAAGGUGGCGGCCGAGUGGAUAAUGAAGAGGAAGAGGAAGAGGGGGAAGGAGGGCUGGAGACCAGCAGCCCCCCAAACCCCUACCAGCUGCCCCCCCUGCCUGAAGGGUGCUGCACCACAGACGGGUUCUGCCAAGCGGGGAAGGACCUGCGCCUGGUCUCCAUUUCCAGCGAGCCCAUCGAGGUCCCCCCAGGCUUCCUCCUCGUGGGGGCCAAGGCCCCCAGCCUGCCCGACCAUCUUCUGGUGUGUGCGGUUGACAAGAGGUUCCUGCCGGAUGACCACGGCCACAACGCCCUGCUCGGUUUUUCUGGGAACUGUGUUGGCUGUGGAAAGAAAGGCUUCUGCUACUUCACCGAAUUCUCCAACCACAUCAACCUGAAACUGACCACCCAGCCCAAGAAGCAGAAGCACCUCAAGUACUACCUGGUCCGCAAUGCCCAAGGGGCUCUCACCAAAGGCCCUCUGAUUUGCUGGAAGGGCUCAGAGUUCAGAAGCCGGCAGAACUCAGCCAGCACCUGUUCCAGCUCCCCCUUCCCGCCGCUGGAGGGCGCGGGGCCCGCGGCUGCCUCGCCCGGCGAGCCGGUGCCGGGGGUGACCUCCGGCCUCCCCGUGGGAGCGGCAGGACCAGCCUGUGACCAAGCCUUGCUGACCGCGGCCCCCGCCCCGGCUGUCUUCAACGGCAAAGGCUCCCCCAAGCACCAGCAGCAGGCGAAGAGCAGCCUGUUGGCCCUGCCUCGGCCCUCAGCCUUAGGUAUCUUGUCGAACUCUGGGCCACCCAAGAAGCGCCACAAAGGGUGGUCUCCAGAGUCGCCAUCGGCUCCAGACGGUGCGUGCCCUCCAGCCGGCGGGCACAGAGCUAAGUCUGAAAGUGCCGGCCUGUCCUGCGUGGCCCAGGCCGGCUUGGUGGGACCCGCUUCCGUGACCUUCCCGGUGGUGGCCUCUGGAGAGCCCGUGUCUGUCCCAGACAACUUGCUGAAAAUAUGCAAGGCCAAGCCGGUGAUCUUUAAAGGCAAGUGGAGUGGUGCGGGCAGCCGGGAAGACGCCACAAGAACAGAGGGAGAAGGGGGACCUCUUCUCAGUCUCUGCUUCUGACACGA